CCUGCGGGACUCGCCUUUGGGGUAGUGCGCCAGUGAGUGGGCGGGGCUCGGGAGCCUGUGAAUAGGCGAAGCUUUUGGAGUACGUAGUUGAGAGUUAAGAGAUCGCAUCAGAAUUGUAGGCCUGAGGGGCUGCUGAUUUCCGGCACUGCAAUGAAUUCAAUUGGAAAUAAUAUAUUUGAUGAUUUUGGAGACAUGAAAGGGGAUUCAGAUAUGUUUAAUGGGUGCAGCAAAAUUGCAAUUGGUGUUCAGAAUGAAGCAGCUUUGCUUGCAUUGAUGGAAAAGACCGGUUACAGCAUGGUUCAAGAAAACGGACAGAGGAAAUUUGGUGGCCCUCCUCCUGGUUGGGAAGGACCUCCACCUCCACGAGGCUGUGAAGUGUUUGUAGGAAAAAUCCCUCGUGAUAUGUAUGAAGAUGAACUGGUUCCUGUUUUUGAAAGGGCUGGAAAAAUAUAUGAGUUUAGGUUGAUGAUGGAAUUUAGUGGUGAGAAUAGAGGGUAUGCUUUUGUCAUGUACACAAACAAAGAAGAAGCCCUGCUAGCUAUUCGGAUUCUAAAUAAUUAUGAAAUUCGUCCAGGAAAGUUUAUUGGAGUCUGUGUGAGUUUAGACAACUGCAGACUAUUUAUUGGCUCUAUCCCAAAGGAAAAGAGAAAAGAAGAAAUUUUGGAUGAAAUGAUUAAAGUAACAGAAGGAGUAGUCGAUGUUAUUGUGUAUCCUAGUGCAACAGAUAAAACAAAAAAUCGUGGUUUUGCUUUUGUGGAGUAUGAAUCUCACAGAGCGGCUGCAAUGGCACGAAGAAAGCUCAUUCCAGGAACGUUCCAGUUAUGGGGACACACAAUACAAGUCGACUGGGCAGAUCCAGAGAAAGAAGUUGAUGAAGAAACAAUGCAGAGAGUAAAGGUUUUGUAUGUUAGAAACCUAAUGAUAUCGACAACCGAGGAAACACUUAAAGCUGAAUUCAACAAAUACAAACCAGGAGCUGUUGAACGUGUGAAAAAAAUACGAGACUACGCCUUUGUGCACUUUUUCAGCCGAGAUGAUGCCAUUACUGUUAUGUCACUAAUGAAUGGAAAGUGCAUUGAUGGAGCAAGGAUAGAAGUAACACUGGCAAAACCAGUGAAUAAAGAAGCAGCCUGGAGGCAAAAUGGAAAUAGUCAACUGAAUCCUAAUCCUGAAUGCCUACUGAAUUUUGCAAGUAAAGAAGGGUCCCAGAAGGCUCUUGAUAUGUGUUCAAGUCUGCCAGUCUUUUUGAAUAAUCAAAACAGUCCAGCAAUCCUAGAACCAGAAAGGUGCACCUAUCCUCGUCUUCCCGGAACAAAAUUAACGCCAAUUAAUUUGUAUUCGUUGAAGAUAAAUAAUUUCCAUUCCGCAGUGAUGCACCUGGAGUAUGUCUGUAACCAAAAUAAUUGUCCACCUCCUGAAUAUUAUUUGUAUUCCACUACAAGUCAAGAUGGGAAAAUGCUCUUGGUUUAUAAGGUUGUAGUGCCCGCCAUUACAGGUAACACCAACAGCUACUUUAUGCCAGACAAACUAUGCACAACUGUAGAAGAUGCCAAAGAACUGGCAGCUCAGUUUACACUAAUACAUUUAGGUUACAGUUCCCAUCAUAGUUCAGCCAAAAAUAUUUCUUUGCCAAGCACUGCUGCCACAUCUGGAACGUCAGGUGUCCUCCCAUAUACACCAAAAUCGCACUCCUAUUCCGGCUACCCAUCGUCACAAAAUGUUUCUAUGACUAACGGAGGCAGUAUGGGACAGCAACUUUAUGUCUCUAACCAAGCUUCUUAUUUCUCAAGAUAAGCCUGUAACUUAAACCGUUUGUUUAAUCUUCUUCUACUUGUACUUGCAAGUGCUGAAAAUCUUUUAUUUGUAAAAUAUUUAUUCAGUUUAUUAAUUUUAGGUAUAUGCACUUGCUUCCAAAGCUGUGAUAUCUUUAGGAAGUUUGUUGUUUAUUUAUGUUUAAGAAUGUUUGCAGUUUACUAUUAUGACAAAUAUGCAGUUCCAUUUCACUUUUUUUUAGUGUUGUUGGAUUUAUAAAAUGUACCUUCAAAUGUAAAUGUUAACGCGCCAGUUCUGUACGUUUUAAUUCUGUUGUGGCGUUUUAAAGAAAAACCAAAUGCUGUUAUUUUUUUCAUUUGCAUAGUACAAGAAAAUGGAAUUUUAAUCAACUUUCCAAUAUACCUUCAUUAAAAAUGUUCCUUUGUUUUAA